CGAAAGUCGACGACCAUGGAACGUCAAGAUCCGUCGACAUCCGCGGCGUCAAGCAGCCCCAUGACGGCAGAAGAUGCCGCUGCGUUGAAGGAGAAAUUUCAACAGAUGUACAUGGAACUCAUUGCCACUGGGUUGACUCCGAACGACGCCGUGGCGGAAGCCUUGACUCGACUCUACGCCACGACAGCGUCCACUGCAAAUACUGGUAGCAGUGCCGCUCCCCCAGCCCAACCUCCGACGCUCCAGGCAGCACCAGUAAUCAUAACACCACAACCUCCACCGGCACCACCUCUAGCAGUCGUCGCCGCCACACCAGUUCCAGUUGUCGUCGUCGCGCCGUCGCCAGUUGGGGUCGUCGCGGUACCCACCACUGCCCCUUCGGCUGCUUUGGUACCCCCACCCCGUCCGCCUGCCUUGACCCUAGCGCUCCUCCAGUCCAACGACCUUUCCCUCUCGAACAUGCAAACGCUUGUGUACGAGACCUUUUCUCACUCGGAUCACUUGAACGUUUCGUGCUUCCCUGGCCAUUCUCGCCACGACAUCCAGCAGGGCUUGUCUCUGUUGGCAUCGCAUCCUGUGCUAGCCAAUACGAUGGGCAACGCCCUUCAGUCGUGGGUGAACCAGCCUUGGUCGAACAGCAAGAAAUGGACGCAGCCUACCGACCUCCAUCAGUUCUGGGUCGUGCUGGAGCAUCCGCUGCUGUUCGACCCUGAGUACCGACAGGUGGUGGGUGGCAUGGCCAAGCUCAUGUACUUCCUGGACGACGGCAUGAAGGCGGCGGUGCUGGCGCGGUGGGCUGGGUACUCGGAGGACGACUUACAUCGACUCCUCGAUGUGUUCCACCAGUUCAUCACGCUGGCGCUGGUCGGGGCGGAGCUCAAGAUGGACAUGUUGUUUGCAGUGUGCGAUCUCUUGCGUCUGCUGCACGAGAUCAACGAAAAAAGCCGAAAAUUUUGCGAAUUUUCGGCGUUUUACAACGACGCGGUCAACUCGGAGCUGAAUCUGCUCACCGAUUACGCCAACUCUGGUGUGUUCUUAAAGCACAGACCAACAACUCACCAAAGUACCCGACAAUUGAGUGAGUUGAGCUUUUGCGACUUUCCGUUCAUUUUGGACCCAGCCUCCAAAUCCCUUGUGCUGCACUUCGACGCCGAGUACCAGCAACGACGGACCGUGCAUGGCUCGCUUGCGAGUACCGCUAGUACGACUACUAGUAGUAGUACCUCUACUACCCACGAAACGCUUUCUACUAGUAGUAGUACUAGUAGUACCCUGGACAACUUGAUGCCAUAUUUGGUGCUACGCGUGCGCCGCGAGUUUGUCGUACCGGACGCGCUGCAGCAGCUCGUGCAAGCGACCUCGGAGCAGCUGAAAAAGCCACUGAAAGUCAAGUUUAUUGGGGAAGAAGGGGUCGACGAAGGCGGCGUGAAAAAAGAGUUUUUUCAGAUUAUCAUUCGGCAGCUAUUGGAUCCAGACUUUGGGAUGUUCUUGUCAGAUGAAGACACUCACACACUCUGGUUCAACUGCGAUUCACUUGAAUCAAGUAUGGAGUUUGAGCUAAUUGGGAUCUUACUUGGCCUGGCCAUCUACAAUGGCGUCAUUCUCGACUUGCACUUCCCGCCGCUCGUGUACAAGAAGCUCAUGGAGCAAUCUGUGACACUGUCGGACGUCGAAGCGAGCCAGCCGGCGCUGGGCCGCGGCUUGCGCCAGCUGCUUUCGUUCGAUGGAGACGUGGAAUCAGUGUUCCAGCGGUCAUUUCAAGUGUCGUACCAAGUGUUUGGCGAAAUCAAAACCGUCGACUUGGUGCCCAAUGGCAGCCAGAUCAACGUGACAAAUCUCAACCGGGAAGAGUACGUGGCCAAAUACGUGCAGUAUGUGACGACAGACUCGGUGGAGCGCCAAUAUGGAGCUUUUCACCGCGGCUUCCACUUGGUGUGCGGUGGCCACGCGCUGGCGCUAUUCCGCUGCGAAGAGCUAGAACUGCUCUUGUGCGGGUCGCCAGACUUGGAUUUCGAAGCCCUCGAAUCUGUGACACAGUACGACAGCGGGUUCUCCGAGCACAGCGACGUCAUCAAGUACUUUUGGACGGUCGUGCACGGGUUUACCGUGGACGAGAAGAAGCAGCUGCUCAAAUUUUGCACUGGGAGUGACCGCGUCCCAAUCCGAGGGCUGUCUGAGAUGGCGUUUGUGAUUUCCCGCAACGGCCCCGACUCGAACAAAUUGCCCACUGCCCACACAUGCUUUAACCAUUUGCUGCUGCCGGAAUACUCGAGUAUGGACAAGUUAAAAGAGCGACUGCUGAUUGCCAUCAGCCAAUCCGAAGGCUUUGGGUUGCUCUAACCUGUGCAUACAACAAUCAAGUUGUUUUUUGUGUACAUUUGCGCCACGUUUUGUAAAAAUACCAAGUUCUGCUGCUCGACGCAUACUGUACGUACACUGUACAGUAGUUAGAGCACUCUUACACUCAAUCAAUCAACUUGUUCGACGCUCGAAUUAUGUACGGAAUUGGGGCUGCGUCAAGUACUUUACGGUACAGCAGGAAGGCGCCAGUUCAAAUUGGACAGAUCGAGCUCAAAAUCGCGAGGACUGGAGGCUGGGGUCAUCACUUUGGUCUAGCAUAACGCCAAUAUAAUAG